AUGGUAGAAAAAAAACUAAGGAUCAAAGGAUGCAAGAAAUUCCAUGACAAGAAUAAGUGGAAACCCAAUGCUACUUCAACUGGCUCCAUAGCUCAUACUACACGUAAAGGUUCCUCAAGUAAAGGACGAUAUUGUAAUAAUGGGGGUACUGGGCAUAUAAAUAGAGAAAAGAUAUUGCAUGUCACUCUUGGAAAUAUACCAAAGGUAAAAAUCAAGAGCUUAGGGAAAUUAGUUAAUCCCGACCGAGAAAAGAUUUAUAAAGGAAAUAUUUAUGAAGAGGAAAGACCAACCACCGAUAAUAUGUAUCAACAAUCAUCUCUUAAGGAUGGUUUUAGGCUCAAGCUAGAAGGUGGCAUUGGAGGGAAGUUUAAUGGUCAGACUGGAGGUCCCCCCAACUUUGAACAACCUAUGGUGCUUCAGAUGAAGAAGUUAAAGAAGAAUAAUGGUUAUGUCAACACUCGUCCUAUUAAAAUGCCUUCUCAUAAGUAUGGAGGUUUGAUUAACCAAAAACAAGACAGGGUGUUUGGUGAAGCUGAAACUAGUGUAUUGAAGUCUAGCUAUAAGAUGUAUGUAUCAUAUAUUUCUCUCCAUAAUACUCCACUUGUUAUUAACUCUGAUCUAGCUGAUGGUGGAAAUAUGAGUGAUGUUCCACUCAGGUAUGUGCCUAUGAGAAAUCAUCAUCUCACUAUAAUGUCUUAUGGUGAUGAUUCCUAUGAAACAAAUUUGAGAAAUCCUUACGGUGAUAAACAUGUGCCAGGCAUCAUGUCUGACAUGUUGACAAACUCUCAAGUGCAUAAGGAGAAUGAUAAUCAUGACCAUAAAUAUGUUGAGGUUGAUAUUACUAUAUCUUAUGGUGGUUUUGUUAAUAACCAUGAUCAUGCAUUUGAAGAUGUGAAAACAAUGGUUAAAGGUGAAAUAAGUAAGAAUGAAAGCAUUCAGAUGAUUUGUACUUCAAAUAGUAAGGAGUAUAAAUUGAUCAUAAAGGGCACAUAA